GACCCCCAUCCUGUAAGGUCCAGGAUGGUUUCAGAUUCUCCAAUCUUACCUCUGGAGGCCUUUAACCCAGUGAUCUCCAGCCAGAGGUUCCAGCCAGCUUCAGACGGAUGGUUUUUACCCGUUUCUAGCAGCCUGCCUCCUCGAGCCAUGAUGGACGACUACGCUGCAGCCACGCCCAGAUCGUUCCCACACACCUGCUCUCUCUGCAGCCAAGUUUGUUCAAAUAUUCAGGACUGGAUCUUCCAUCAGAAUAUCAGCUUUCAUCUGGAGAACUGCAAACUCCUCCGGAAACGAUACCCCAAUUGGGACUGUACAGUACCACUGUUUAAAAGUAUCAGACCAGGGAGCCGAUCCAGGUCAAGGAAUGAAAGCCAAUCUGGUCACAGCAGCGUGGACGAUGGAUGGGACAGACCAAGGAGCCGCUCCCGUUCUCCAAGUCCUUAUUGUAGGGAUGUUUUUGGGGCUGGCUGGAGAUCAGGAGAGGAUUUAAACAGUCAGAGGAGCCAUGAGAGGGAGUCAUCAUCCAGGAAGAGGAAGGAGAUGAGGUCCUCAUCAGGCAGGAGGCACAAGAGGCGAUCAUCCACGAUGGUGAGGUCCUCCAAUAGACUGAGGUUAAGCAAAGUGGAGAAGCUGACAGAGAGGCUGCUGAAAAAAUCAGCUGUUCAGUCCCUCAUGAAGAAACCUAAACUCAAAGCUGUGAUUAAGACUCUGGUUCCACUCAUCUUGGCUGAACUCAAGAACAUGAAAUCCUCUUCAUCCUCCUUUCCCUCCCAUAAGGCAAAGAGGAGGCUAAAUACAAAGUUAUCCAAAGUGAAGCCUGAGCAUCAGAUCAGGAAACGUCAGGCUGCCGAAUCCUCUCCUCCUUCCUCAGUGGUGCCUAGAGAGACGCAUCAUUCUCUGCCUGACAGCGAUGUGGUCUCAGCUGUGGAGAAAUCUGGAAGAACCAAAUCAGGUCGGCUGCUGAAGUCCAAGCGAAAGGCAACCGUAUGUUUUGAAAAUGAGGAAGCUGAAGAGAAAGUGAAAAAGAUGAAGAGCAUUGAUAUUGAGGAAACAUCAGUCACUGUCUUCACAGAAAAAGUAAAGCGGGCAGAUGUUGGCGACUCUGAACAACAAAUGCAUCCUGAUAAAACCCAAAGAGAUGCUGACGAGUCUCCAAAGACACUCGAAGAGAAGAGCAUGGAAGACACUAGACUGAAACCUAAAUCCCAGCUGGGAUGUCUGCAGGAAGAGGAGGAAGGAAACAGAGAAUUGCUGCUUAAGGUUUCAGAGCUGAAAACUAGAGAGCAGUCUCCAGCUGCUGCCUGCAUCCCGAUGGUUGAAGAGACGUUUGAGGAACUUCAGGUCGAACACCUGAUUGGGUGUUUAAGCAGGAAAACAGUCUUGUCACCAAAGCUAUUUACACUUGAUGCGAAGCUGCUCAUGAUAACCAAGCUGCCAAAGUAUUAUGAUGGCUGCUACAGAGAAAGUGAUGUUGCCGACCUGUUCUGCCCUUUUGGAUUCCUCUAUAAGGGGAACAACAUCUAUGUUAUUCCUCAAAAGUGCAUGGCGUUUGUCCUGAUGCCAGAUGUGACAAAUGUUAGAAAGAUCAUCGCCUAUUUGGACCAGAACCAGAUCGUUUUCAAAGGAUCCAGUAUCUCAGUCAGAGUUGUGCAUGACAUGGUUUCAAUGAAGCCAUUUGGGUUUUAUACGUUUCUGAUCAAAAAGACCCGAUCAGGCCAGAAGACUGACAGAGGAAGGGUAAUCUUCAUCCACAACAUCUGCCAGGGCGAGAUCAGAGCUCUGAAGGAAGCUCUGAUAAAGAUCGGCUCAGUGAAACGAUACCUGCCGCUCCUCGAAAAGGUGUUUGUUGAAUUUGAAUCCAGGCAUGAGGCUGAUCUGUUGGGCGUUUGGUACAGCUUCCUGAGGGACUCUCCUCCUUAUUACGUCUUCAGGAUGAUAAUACCUGAAAGCAGCAGUGUUUCUCCACCACCAGCGGCUGCAGAGAGAGCUCUGCCAGACCGCCAUGCAGCUGUUGAUGGCGCCGCCAUCCCGACUGCGAAGUGUGGCGUUCCUCAGGGAAGCGCUCCUCCGUUCUGGAUCACCAUGAGCACCAACCCCUGUGUGUUUCCCACCUUCGCUCCCUGGUUCAAUAUUCCAGAUUAUCUGACAGUCGAAACAAUGGAGUCUAAGGUGGCUAUCCAGGCCUCCAGGUUCAGCACCGUCAUGCUGACCGGUUUACCUCAGAAAAACUACACCCAUCAGGAUGUGGCCAAGCUGGUUUGGCAUUUCUUCCCCAAACCAAACCUGCACACUUGGUUCUACAAUGUGACAGUCUUACCGCUGCAGAGGAGGGCGUUUGUGUUUUUUAGCAGCUGGAGCGCCUGCAGGGGUUUUGUCAAACAUCAUAUCAGAAAGCCAGUUUCUGUCAAAGGCUGCAAGCUCAGCGUUCACCUAGUCUUAGAGGACAUGCAGCCCGGAUUCACUGAGGAGACGAUGUACAGAGCUCUGAUGAAGUGGAGCAACGCUCACGUCUCAGAUGCGGCGUCUCUGGAGGAGCGGCUGCUGUGCGUGGAGACCUCCCAACCAUCCCCACACCUCGCCAUGCUGGUCAUGAAGGAAGUAGCUUCUGUUGCUGCUUUUGUGAACUUCCUGCCGCUCGCUAACCGGAUUGUGGUGGAGAUGGCUGAACCUAGUGGCGUAACAGAAGCUGUUCAUAAAGUUUCUCUGGGCGCUUCAUCAACGCAUCAGAUCUGGAGCCAAGUGAAACGUAUUGAACCUCUGAGGAGUCUAAAGCAGCGUCUGCAGGACUCCACUGACACUGAAAUAAGCCUUGAGGCGAACACAAACAUGGCUGCUGCUCCCUUCUCUGUAAAACCUGCAGCUGGAUGGAUGACUUUCUUGCCCCAGGAAGGAGGAAGUAGAACCUCACAAGGUUCAGUCUCUGCUAAACGAAGAUGUUCUUCAGCCUCCGCUGCCAAGACUCUUCUGUUGGACAGAGAAGAUGGUAAACCAGAGUCCAUCACUGUAAGCAGCUCAGGAACCAAACAAAAAACAGAAUCACAGAAGCGCUGCUCUGCGAAGAAGAGAAAGCAGGAGUUACGCAACCAGAGCCUGAAGACUAAUGUUGGAGCUGCAGCAGUAAGAUAUGAGGGAGGUCAGUCUGUAGAGGAAGAAAUCUAUAGAACUGAACCAGUGCAAGAAGAUGAAGGAUCCCUGACACCUAUGGCUGAGAACGACCCGAUCAACCAUCAUGGAGGUCCUCUGGUAUCUGAGGGGAUUGGGAAUCUAGCUGGUGAUCCAUCAGUGACGGAGACUGAGGUGCAGAAACUAGAGACUUCCUCUAACCUGCUGACUGAGGCUGGGGAGGAACCUUCAAGAGGAGUUUACAAAGUGAUGGAUUCAGGGGAGGAUCAGACUCCUACUGACAGAGAGUCUGAAACGAAUGAAGAAAAACCGACAGGAGACGAUGGACCAACCAGAAGCUACACAUCUGGAAGGGAAGGGAUUGAAAGAAACACAGAGACGGAUGAAGAGAUGGAGGCGGAUGAACAUGGAUCUACCAGAGGAAGAACGACUGAGGGAGAUGUUUGGAACCAAGAAAAGAAACCAUCUGGUGGAGACGAGGAGCAGCAAAGGGAGGAGAAAACUCCUCUGGAGGAAAUCCAUCCAGCAGAGAAAGGUGACAGCGCAACAGAUGUUAGAAUAAAGAGAAACCUGCAGGAGCUCCGUUCCAUGGAUGAGAGCGAAGGAUGUGAAGAGCAAGAAAAAACCCUACAGAAAGAGAGUCCAAGAUCUGCAGCAGGAAGAGGGAGACGCUCAGUCAGCAGUGAACCAAGCAGAGGGCUGGAUGGACUGAAGACGUUUCCCCUCCAGUCGUCCUCGGUCUCCCUUAGCUUUAAGCUGUUCCCUUCCAGCUGCAGACCUCUCCUCGGUGAGGAGUUUGUGGAGCCUCUAUUGGGUCGAUUCUGCUCCCUUUGCUCCGUUUUCUACCUGGACGGGACCACAGCUGAUGACUCCCACUGCAGCAGCCGCGCUCACUACGACCGCCUGAAGAAUUAUUACCAGAAGCUGUCAACGACUAAAUCCAUCGACCUGAUUUACCAGACAUCUGCAUCUGACUGAUCUGAUCGUCUUUGAGGUAAUCCUCAAUCAAGUGUCCAACCGCAGCAUCGCACUGUGGGAGAUGUGUGCUACUGUUGUAAAGCUUAUUUUUAUCUUCUCCUCCUGGAUGCACAGUUUGCUUUCUUUUCCCUUUCUGCUGCCAGAGAUGUUGCUGUAUAAUAGUGGACAUUGUGGCGCUGGAUGGAAGUUAAUGUAUACUUUCUAAUUCAAUGUUCUUCAUUUGCUGCACAGAUGGAAAUGAGAAACGUGUUCCUUUCCGGAUCAGGUUAAAGAUUCAGAGCCGUUCAGCCUUCAAAAUGUUAUUUAUCUUUUGGAAGAUCGAGGCAGACUGAUUAGAUUCUCCCUGUUGCUUAGGUUUUUUAUUUUUAGGGUUUUUCCACAGAAAUCAUUUUUGUUUUUCCAGCCUCACUGGGUGGAAGGAAAAAAAAAACUUUAAAGUGGAGGAGCGUUAUUAGGGCCCCAUAUGUUGACUUACUGUGGA